AUGGAGAGGGCGGCCCAAGGCGCAGACGGCGGCGGGGGCAGCAACAGCAGCAGCCGCAGCAGCAGCCGCGCCACCUCGGCGGGCUCGUCGCCCUCCUGCUCCCUGGCCGGCCGGGGGGUCUCCAGCCGGUCGGCGGUAGCGGGGCUCGGCGGCGGGGGCAGCCGCAGCAGCCCGGGCUCGGUGGCCGCUAGUCCGUCCGGAGGAGGCGGCCGCAGGCGGGAGCCGGCGCUCGAGGGCGUGCUCAGCAAAUACACCAACCUCCUCCAGGGCUGGCAGAACAGGUACUUUGUGCUGGAUUUUGAGGCUGGCAUCCUGCAGUAUUUUGUGAAUGAGCAAAGCAAACACCAGAAGCCUCGGGGAGCCCUGUCUCUGUCUGGAGCCAUAGUGUCCCUGAGUGACGAAGUUCCCCACAUGCUGGUGGUGUACUCUGCUAACGGAGAGAUGUAUAAGCUGAGAGCUGCCGAUGCAAAGGAGAAACAGUUUUGGGUGACUCAGCUUCGAGCUUGUGCCAAAUACCACAUGGAAACGAGUUCUAAGACGACUCCAAGUUCCCGAAGCCGCAGUCUCACUUUGCUCCCCCAUGGAACGCCCAAUCCUGCGUCUCCCUGUAGCCAGAGACACCUCGGCACGGGGGCCCCCGGUGUUGUCACAGUCACGCAUCACAAGUCGCCUGCAGCUGCCCGAAGAGCCAAGAGUCAGUAUCCCGGCCAGCUUCACGAAGUCAGAGAGAUGAUGAACCAGGUGGAAGGACAGCAGAAGAACCUCGUGCACGCCAUCGAGUCUCUGCCGGGUUCUGGCCCCCUCACUGCCUUGGACCAGGAUCUGCUCCUCCUGAAAGCUACCUCCGCUGCCACCCUCAGCUGCCUCGGGGAGUGCCUCCAUUUGCUGCAGCAGAGUGUGCAGCAGGUGGGCCAGCCCGGCCACAAGCCGGGGGCCUCAGAGAACAUCCUGGGAUGGCACGGGCCCAAGUCACAUUCCACAGAGCAGCUGAAAAAUGGGACCCUUGGCUCUUUGCCAUCAACCAGUGCCAACAUAACCUGGGCGAUUUUACCAGACUCCGCUGCAGAAGAGCAAAGCUUGCCGCCAGAGCCCGAGCCAAACUCAGGCCCUGAACUGGUUUUGUCCGAAGAUGAAAAAAGUGACGCUGAAGAUAAGGAAGAGACAGAAUUGGGCGUCAUGGAGGAUCAACGGAGUAUAAUUCUCCAUCUCAUUUCACAGCUCAAACUAGGAAUGGAUUUGACCAAGGUGGUGCUUCCCACGUUCAUCCUGGAGAAGCGGUCCCUGCUGGAGAUGUACGCAGACUUCAUGGCACAUCCAGACCUGCUGCUGGCCGUCACCGCUGGGGCCACACCGGAGGAGAGGGUCAUUUGCUUCGUGGAGUAUUAUCUCACGGCCUUCCACGAGGGCCGCAAGGGGGCCUUGGCCAAGAAGCCCUACAACCCCAUCAUCGGUGAGACGUUUCACUGUUCCUGGGAGGUCCCCAAAGACAGGGUCAAGCCAAAGAGGACUGCUCCCCAUUCUCCUGCUGGCCACGAACACCCGAUGGCCGAGGACCCUUCCAAAAGCUACAAACUGAGGUUUGUGGCCGAGCAGGUGUCCCAUCACCCACCCAUCUCCUGCUUCUACUGUGAGUGCAAGGAGAAGAGACUGUGCGUCAACACUCACGUAUGGACCAAAAGCAAGUUCAUGGGCAUGUCCGUGGGGGUCUCCAUGAUAGGGGAAGGUGUGCUGAGGCUCCUGGAACACGGGGAGGAGUACGUGUUCACCCUGCCCAGUGCCUACGCGCGCUCCAUUCUCACCAUCCCCUGGGUGGAGCUCGGAGGCAAAGUCAGCAUCAGCUGUGCGAAGACCGGCUACUCGGCGACGGUGAUAUUCCACACGAAGCCUUUUUACGGAGGGAAAGUGCACAGGGUCACAGCCGAAGUGAAGCACAACCCAACCAACACCAUUGUUUGUAAAGCCCACGGGGAAUGGAACGGUACCUUAGAGUUCACGUACAACAGUGGAGAGACCAGGGUCAUCGACACGACCACACUGCCAGUGUACCCCAAGAAGAUCAGACCCCUGGAGAAGCAGGGGCCCAUGGAGUCCAGGAACCUCUGGCAGGAGGUGACCAGAUACCUGCGGCUGGGGAACAUUGAUGCUGCCACCGAGCAGAAGCGGCGCCUAGAGGAGAAGCAGCGGGUGGAGGAACGGAAACGGGAGAACCUCCACACACCGUGGCAGCCCAAGUAUUUCAUCCAGGAGGGUGAUGGCUGGGUAUACUUCAAUCCUCUUUGGAAGGCGCACUGAUGGGGUGGAGGUGUAGAGCUUUCAGAAAUAGCCCUGUUUUAGUAGGAAUUAAAGUGGUACAGUAUCAAGGUUCUGCUGGUAUUCACUAAGACCUCUUGAUACCGUUCAAGAAAUGGUACCUGAGAGAGAAAUGAUAUACUGUGAAAAAUGCACCACCAAACUACUCCAGGAUUGAGUUUAUUCAAGAGCCAUUUGGGGCAUGUGUGUGUACACAGGUCUGUGUGUGAGCUCUCAGUACGGUAUGUUCACGCACAUGCACUAUAUACACAUGUCUACUAGGUAUUAUUACACAUGUAAAUAUUGCACUUACCGAGAUUUAAGUGGGUA